UAUGACAAAGGGACAAGCAUGCGUGACCCGGGCAUAUGGAGACUAGAUUUCCGUGUAUCGGAAUGUUGGGAUAUGGCAAUAUGCAUGUAUGGACAUCUGUGGUCUACGUAUUUAUAUACCUGUCCAUGAUACGAGGGAACAUAGAGACGGUCAUAUCACUUGCCAAUGCAUUUUGAAUGGGCGAUCGAUAUCAGCCCGCCUGUUAAGAAAUUGGAGUUACGUCCCUUAGUUCGUCGUCUGCUCGGCUGGCUUUCUAGUGACAAUGUCUUCCAAACGGGGUGAAAAUGUAUUGCGUUUACUUGUAAAUAGAUACAAUUUACAAUUUGAUGUUAUGGUAUGUGAUGAAAAGGUUAUCAUAAGGCAGUUUUCAUAAUUAUCACAUGUAGGACCAGUGGUAUAUCAGCCCUCGACCCUCGUAUAACCCCUCGGUUGAGAGGGGAUCUCGGGUUGAUAUGGAGUAUGAUAUGAAAACUGACAUAAGAUUUAUGAUAAGCUCUAAAUAUUACAUACCGAGAAGUCUUUGUGCUGCCAAACUGUUUAACAAGUUACGGAAAUUGCUGGAAACUUGUUCAUUGUAGUGAAAUCAAAUCCGAUGCAUACACGUCAACUCUAGAAUUGUAUAACGAACAUUUCAUCACUGUUUACAUUCGUGUCACGUGACCCAGGUAGGUCAGUUGUAUAAGCCCGGCGAUAUAACCUGUCCAGCUAGAUUUCUGGCAACAGAUCCGAGCUAUCCUUCGAGCGGACAGCAGGGAACAUUGACCAUUAGUGUUAUUCGGGUGUGGCGCCAUUAUUGCCAGAUCAAACUAAUAUUAAGAAACAUGAGUGGUAUAUUCACAGCAGUUAAGACGGCCUUCACAUCAAAAGGGUUAGAAACUCCAAAGUACAGUGUUAACGAGGCAGCCAAACAUGAGGGUUUCCAGGAGCGUCGCUACGAGGCCUGCAAGUGGGUGAGCACCAAGGUCAUGGCCAUGACAUACAAAGAUGGCACGAGUAGAGGUUUCAGGAAUCUCUUCAAUUACAUCACCGGAGACAAUGAAGCAAAACAGAAGGUCGAGAUGACGGCGCCAGUGGCCACCCAGGUGGUGCCGGGGGCGGGUCCCAACUGUGAGAGCACCUUCACCGUCUCCUUCUACAUCCCCUCUGAACACCAGGCUGACCCCCCAAAACCCACAAACCCAGAUGUCUUCAUCAGCGACUGUCCGGAGACCAAAAUCGCCGUCAAACCUUUCAGUGGUUUUGCUGAGGAGAGUGACUGGAUAAGCAAAGGGAGAGAAUUGGCUGAAGACGUUGAGAAGACUGAUUUGAAGAACAAGUUGGUGAAGGAAUAUUACUUCACAGCUGGUUACGAUAGCCCAUUCAAACUGUUCGGACGCCAUAAUGAGGUGUGGUUCAAGCUGGAUGACUGAACAUCGGCCUGAUAGAGGGGAACUGUCCUCAUACUGCCACUACUAUUAGCAUUAGUUAGAGGGAGGGGACUCUAAUAGCAUGAUAGGGAGACAUCGUGGAGUGUGACAUUCAGGUCGAGGAGUGCGUAAGCGUGCGUGAGAGAGAGAGAGAGAGAGAGAGAGAGAGAGAGAGAGAGAGAGAGAGAGAGAGAGAGAGAGAGAGUCAUUGAGUGACUGAGUGAAUUUAACGCGCGAAACAUUGGUUGUAUUACAGCCAUAUUGUGAGUAAUGAGUAAGUGAGUUGGGUUUAACGCCUUUUCAAACAGUAAUACAAUUAUAUUACUGGAGGAGAGUCCGAAGUGAUGCAGGUCUCGGACGUUUACCAUUUUCGUGGAAUCCACAAGCACGCAUAUGGUGCUGUCAAACCUAGAAACAUAAUCGGGACGAACAGGGAUUCGAACCCACGAUCAUAGGUUUCUACGCAACUCAGCACAGCGACAGCCUUAGGCGACUGGGCCACUCUGUAUACUGAGAGAUCCAGACACAUUCCACAUCAUGUCAGCCCUAUGCUGACACAAGGCUUUGUAAUAGUGGAAGACCAUGUGGAAGUGGUCCAACCUUCCAUCAGUAGAUUUUCGUUUCUCUGCAUAUUUACCUCAUACAAUCUGAAAUGUCAAAACAUUGUAAUGAUAUACUUCAAUCAGUUUUAAUGAAAUAUGUUUCAUUCAGUAUGACCCUUUCUGACAAUCUCACCAAACAACCGUCAUGGUCACUUUACCAUGACGCGUUUUGUACUCAUUUCUAUCAAUCGCUUAUAUGCUGUAUUCCUUGUUACCUAGAUAAACACAAUGAACACCAA